AUUAAACUCGAACGAAAAAGAGUUGUAAUUCACAAACUUUGCAAGUGAAUAGAAUCAGUGGUUGUUUUUAAGAGUGCGUGUUCAUUUAUUUUUUCACCUUUCCUCUUGCAAAUGAAAUUUGAUUACUGUUAUUCGCUUUUAUAUCUCUGCGAUCGAAAUAAUCGAAAUCGCAGCUCUGAAAUCUUCUGGGUCUGGGCUGAAUUGUAUUCGUUUCUGGAAAAAGGAUCGGACUUUGUAUUCGACGUCACCUUAGACACAUUUCGUGGUGAUUUAUUUCCUCGUGAGUCAAAACAAACUUCAUUGAACAGCUGUUGCAAUCCUAAAUCCUGUCAGGUCUUCGGUUCUAGAUUGAUGUUUGAUGAUUCACUGGCAUCUGAGUUCCUCUGUUUUGUCAGAAUCUUGGUGGUGUCACUAACGGCUUUGGUGAUUGUAUCACAGAAAUUUUAGGGGAAGAGCUUGUAAUUGUAGUGCUAAGAUGAGUGUGAAUCGAGCCAAGGAGUUGGGGCUUCCAUUGAUGAAUCUCGUUAGAUUUAGAGGUAUACCAAUCUUGCAGCAGCUCCAUCUGGAAGAAAAGCUCCUCAGAACUUUUUCUGGUAAUUGGUGCAUCAUAAACGAUGGAACGAAUGCCCCUGCAAUUGUCAUGGGAAUGUCGGGGAAGCCAUAUGAACUUCUUGAGCUUGGAUCUGUUAUACGGGACCAGAUACCGGUUAUUAAAAGAUUUACUGGAGGCGGAACUGUGAUAGUGGACAAGGAUACUGUGUUUGUCAGUUUGAUUUGCAACAAAGAUGAUGUUCCUGGUGUCCAGCCUUAUCCUCGUUCUCUACUAUACUUACCAACCGUGUUGCAUAAAGUGGCCAGGACAAUUUGUGAGCUCGUUAGACGUUUUCUAGUUUCUGGGUUUUUCCUAGUGCCCCCAUGGAAGAUUUUCAUUUCAUCUUUUGUCGUUUUCGCGAGUCCAGAUUAUGUUUUUGGAGAUCACAAAUUUGGCGGAAAUGCUCAGUCGAUUACUAGGAAUAGAUGGAUUCACCAUACAUCCUUUCUAUGGGACUACAGUGUCGAAAACAUGGCUUACCUUAAGCUGCCUUCAAAAGCGCCCCAGUACCGAUUGGAAAGAGAUCACACGGAUUUUGUGUGUAGAAUGAAGGAUUAUAUGCAAAGAUCGGUUUUUAUAGAGAAAACCAUGAAGGCUGUGGAAACCCAUUUCACGUUGAAGCAAGUGAACUUAGAAGAGAUGGGUUCACAUGCGAAAGGAGAAUAUUUAGAGACCACGAGGCUUCUGACGAUGGAGGAACUCGAGCAAGCAAGGGAAGGCGCAAGCCAGAUUGAGAGCAUUGCUCAUGCUAGUUAAGUUUCUCAACAAGGAAAAACAGAUUUCUCCUAUUUUAAGCCCUUUGAUUCUCUGUUCUUAGGGUUCAGUUUCUGAUAUGCAUUAAUUGUGAUAUCUUCAAAAACAGAAAUUCCAAAAACAUAGAAGCAUUAAUUACAAAUACUACCUUGUUAUGCUAAUGGUUAAAGAACAGGGAUUAUCAUGGAUCAUGAUAAUGACAGGAGAGCCUUCAUCAUAAGAUGGUCCAGUCCUUGCAUUGAUGAACAGUUUCUCUGAUCACCUAUUUACCUAGUUUAGGAAGUUCUUGAUUAGUUUCUCAAGAGGCUCCUACCCCGAGAAAAUCUAUAAAUGUCGGAGGUGUGGUCGUCUCGAGAUAUCCGGUCACCAUUGUAGUUUCUGCAGCUGAAACGGUCGAUGAAACUGAUGAUGACGAUGAUGGUGGUGGUGGUUCGGGGAUGGGGAUGGGGAUGGAGACAGGUUUCAGUGCCAAGAAGGAAUCUGAAUUUGCAGGGAAGGUAGAGAAGUGGUGACGGAGACUCGGGUCCUGCAUCGUUUUACUCAAACGAUACCCUUUUUGGAGAUAUUGAGCUCUGAGAUUGCUGUCUGAACUUUCUCGCCAUGAGGACAUGCCAGUGAUUCUUCACGGCAUUGUCUGUUCUCCCGUGAAAAAGCCUCGAGAUCAU